GGUUUCUAUCUGCCAAGUGGACAGAAAAAUGAAGACUCUGAUGGUGUUUGAUUUCGACCACACUGUGGUGGAUGACAACAGUGACACUUGGGUGAUUAGAUGUCUUCCAAGUCAGACUCUUCCUGAUGUUUUGAAGAAUUCCUACAAAAAAGGCCACUGGACUGAGUUCAUGGGAAGAGUCAUGAACUACAUAGGAGAACAGGAAGUCAGUCCUGACAGUGUCCGCAGUGUCAUGGAGACCAUCCCCUUCACAGAUGGAAUGAGAGACCUGCUGACAUUCAUAUCGGAGAAUAAAAGCACCAUUGACUGCAUAGUUGUCUCUGAUGCUAACACCAUGUUCAUAGACUGGAUCCUCCAAGCAGCAGGACUCCAAGCGGCCUUUGACCAAGUGUUCACCAACCCAGCUAAAUUCAAUGAUCUCGGGUACAUGGAGGUACAGUGCUACCACUCUCAUGACUGCAAGCGAUGCCCUGUCAACCUCUGCAAGAAAAAAGUCCUGGAGUUGUACCUGUCAGAGCAAUCUGAUCAGGGUGUGGAGUAUGGUCGGGUAUUCUAUGUGGGGGACGGUGGGAAUGAUCUCUGCCCGACUUCCUGUCUGAGAGGGCAUGAUGUUGUGAUGCCGAGGAAGGGGUACACCCUGGAGAAAAUGCUGGCCCAACUCAAGGGUCAACAAGAUAGCGUUUCUUUGAGAGCGAGAGUCAUUGCCUGGAGCAGUGGCACAGAAAUCCUGGAGGAGCUGAAAGCGAGUAUGCAGUCGUAGCCCAGCCUCAAUGGAGGACAACACUUGAUGAAUGUCAAAGUUGUAACUUGAAUAUUUCUCUUAUGUAAAAUAUUAAUCCUGCAUUGUAGCGGGCACAUGAUGCCUCCUUUGAUUGUUUUAAAAAUAUGUGUAUUAUCAAGAAAGUAUUUAGCAUUUUUAAGCACAAUUUUGAUAUACAAAUCCUUGAAAAUGGGCCAUUUGUCUGCAGGAAAUUUUAUCUUCACCUAUGUAAACAGUAAAAAUCCCCUCAAACAAGGUUUACAUACACUAUAAUCAAGGUUUUGUCUUAAUUUAGAGGUAGAGAAAAGGAAUGGAGACCGCCAAGCCCAAUUAGAGAACAGAUAAACCAAAAAAACAAUGUUUAUAUGUGCAGUUUAUGUUUGGACACUGGAUCAUAAUUCAACUAAAUAUUUAUUUUGUGUAGUAUUCAGUUGCUUUAAGGGAUAGUUUAUUAUAAAAGUAACAGUAUAUAGCAGGCUUGUAGGGCAUUCAAAGAAUAGUGCAACAUUUUGGGAAAGAUCCGCUGCUUAACACAAUAUAUCAGUAAAUAAAUGAACAAACAAUACAAUUAAGACAUUAGUUAAUUAGUGAGCUAAAAAGUGGAACAUGGAUUUUUAAAAUGCUAUGACAUUGCCUGUGGAAAGGGAUAGACCUGAGAAAGAAAAAUGUAGUUUAAAAGUAUGAAAGUAAAAUUAGUGGUUUGGCACCAGUUAUUUUUCAUUUUUCAAAAAAACACUACAAAGUGAGCACACUUCAUCAUCUUAUUUUAUGGUGCGGUGUUAGAAAUUAGUGGCAUCUAGCAGAAUGGAUUUGGCAGAAAUUGAAUAUAAUAUUCAUAAGUAUGUUUUAAUUUGUGUAUAAUAACCUGAAAAUAAGACUUGUUGUGUUUUUGUUAUAUCUAAAUAGGGGCCAGAUCCUCCUCCAUGGAGCCCGCCAUGUUGCACUGUCUUGUUUCUAGAAUAGCCCAGAACGGACAAACCAAACACUUGCUCUUGAAAGGGCCUUUAGCCUUUUUUGUGUGUUUUGCAACCACUGUAGGUUCUCCUACA